AUGAAGACAUUAAAACACGUCUUGGCCGUGGGUCCUGGGGGCGGGAUGACCGGCAACCUUCAUGCCCAAAGCCCCCACGGCCGCACCCAGGCCUCCGAGCCGCCGCCUCUGAGGAGGAGGCGGCGCCGCCCGGUCCCGUCUCCGCCCCCGGCGGCGGGGCGGGCGGCAGGGAGAGCCGGGGAGGCCGCCAUCUUCCUUGGAGGGCUGAUGGGGGCCGGGGGCUGGGGCUGGAGGCGGGCGGUCCGGGCCCUGUGGGCGGCCGGCAGCGGCGGCUGGUGGCGGGCGGCAGCGCCCGGUCCCGGGCCGGCGGGGGCCGCCAGCCGCUGCCUCUGCACCGGCGAGACGCCCGGCCUUUCCUACCAGGAGCUCAAGGAGUUGAAGAAGACCAAUGUCCUCCACAUAGACGUGCGGGAGAGGUGGGAGAUCGAGAAGGCCGGAAAAAUCCCAGCGUCCAUCAACAUACCUCUGGGUGAAUUAGUAGAAGCUCUGCAAAUGGACCCAACGGAGUUCAAGGAGCAGUACAAUCAGAAGAUGCCGGCCAAGUCGGACCCUGUGGUUUUCUCCUGCUUUUCAGGGAAGAGAAGUAAACAAGCACUGGCUUUUGCCACAUCCUUGGGUUUCAGCAGAGCUCAGCAAUAUGCUGGUGGCUUUGAGGAUUGGGUAAAACAUGAAGCUCCAGAGAAAAAAUGAAGAGGACUGCCCCAACCCUUGCCCCAUCAAGGCUUCAGGAUGGUUUGCAGGUUUUAGCAUUCAACCUGCAUGCAUUCCACUUCCAGAAUACAGCCUGCUCUUGCUUUCUUGUGUAAAUGGACAAUCACUUCUCAAUAGCCACGCAUAUCAACUGGUGGGUUCAACUUCUAUCUGAAGACUAUGACAUGAAUAGAGAAGGACAAUAAAUUUGUUCAAGCUUUACUUGGGGCUAUGGUUUCUCGGUGAAGGUAUGUGAAGAGAACCUAAGUGCUGAUCAUGUUUACUAAGAUUUUUGUGUGAUUUAGUUUAUGACUGCUUCAACUAAUGAUGACAGGACAAAUAAAAUUACCCUUUCCUAAA